AUGGCAAAAGUAAAUGGAAACACCGUGUGUUCGUUUGCAUUUUCAGGGUCCAGGAGGGCAUCUACAGAUCGAGAUGAGUUUGAGGUGGGAGGAGAAAAGGCGGACGAGAUGUCAGAAGAAGAGAAGGAGUAUCUGCGUUGGUUCUAUCGCACUGAGGACCCUACAAUGUGGAAGUUUGUAAUGCUGGGUCUGGCUUUUGUUUGUCUUCUCAUCGGCUUCAUGCUUUUGGGAAUGGGAGCCAUGGCUAACAAGAACAGAAAAAAGAUAGCCAAGUACAAGGCAGCAGCUGCUCUGCUUCAGAAAAGCGAGGUCCAAGAGCUGCGGGUCAUUUCCCACAACAGCGCCAGUGUGCCGACACCAGAGAGCCUGUCAGUGCAGGACGCUAAGCCCCGGCCGUCCAAUGGGGACGUGAGCGAGUUGAAACCAGGAGACAUCGUGGUCACGUGGAGAGACGGCAACACCUCCUGCCUUUACUCUGAGCCAGCAGCAGAGGCCGAGCUCCCAGGAGAGGAAGAGAAGGAGGAAGAGGUGGAGAAACAGGAGGAGGUUUCAACUACUGAGCUGGAAACUGAAGGAGUGAAACAUGAAGAGGAAUGA